UUUGUCUAUAAGGUCGUGUAUGGAGAGGAGCCGGAAAAGGUGGCCGCGUUCAAGUUCAAUCCCCACCCCAACGUGCUCGGCGGCUCCGUCUGGCAGGAGAUCCAGCUUCUAGCGCGCCUGGCGCCUCACCCACGGAUUAUGGCCAUCGAUUCGCUCGUCCUGGAAGAGAUCUCUGGCGCCAGGGCGUCGUCGGCUUCACUAUGCCCUUCAUACCGACACUGACGCUCAAGGAUCGCCUCCCACGCCCGUUCAAGAUACGCUGGCUACGCGAGUUGAUGGAUCUCGUCGAUGAGCUCUACUUCGAGUACGGAAUCGUCCACCAGGAUAUCGCGGGCCGUAACCUAUUCAUCUCCGAUACUACCGGCUCUAUCCUCUUGUGCGACUUUGCCUUCUCCGCCCAGAUUGGUACGGUCCGUCAUGGCCAGUCCGUCUAUCUCGGAGAGAUACCUAGGUGUAACGACGUUAAGGGCACCAUGUUCUUCCUCUACUACCUCAUCACCCGCGAUCCCCAGUACUCGCGAUACCUCCUCAGCGAUGUCGACGAGAAUACCAUUAUGGACCGCCCCAAGUGGGUCAAGCACGCCGGCGUCGAGCUCGACUACGACGUCGACACCUUUUAUAACGAGCUCAUGGCCUGGGUGCGCAAGCGCCGCGACAGCCCCAAGCUGGCCCACUACACGCUAGCGCCGCGCCACUUUGAGAUACCCGACCCGCCCGAGGACGGCAUGGAGGGGUGGUACCUCGGGCGCAGCCACACCAUGCGGGAGAUGGAAGCUGGCCGCACGACGUUGUCAUGGGAGCGCCCGCCCGCGUCCAAAUGGGACAAAAGCCGGAAGCUGCUGGCCACGGGAAAAUACGCCGACGAGCGGCCGCCCGUCCGUUUAAUGCACGUCCCAGAUCCAAAGAAGGGAUUUCCGCAGAUGGGCAUGACGAACGCGGCGCUGCGUGGACAAGACAAACGAAAACAAACACAGGACGUCGUCGGGACGGAGGAUGAAGCGGAGGCAUCGAAGCGACGAAGAGAGGAGGCUGACGAGUAGAUUAGGUAUCCAACGUGGUUGGGGGACUUGUGAUGUGGGGCGCGAUUGUUUUCCUUUUGUCUCUCUUUUAUUCUCUUUUGCUUUCCUGUUCUUUUUUUAUCUUUCUCUCCGUUCUUUACCUCCUGUGGCUGGCUGCCAAAUCCGCUGAUAUGUGAAGAAGCCGAGUGCCUCCCACUCUCUCCUUCUGCCG